UUUUUUUUUUUUUUAUGACUGAUACAUUUUCAGACAAAUGUAACGUUGACUGACUUCCUGACGCGUGCGUGUUUUUAGGAUUUUUUACGCAGCAUCCCAGGCAGCUUGUUGUGUUGUGAGCUGCAUGAAGAGUGGAUGGACGUGCUGGAGGAAGAGGAGGAGGAGGCAGAGCAAGUGCAGGACAUAAAGAGGAUGGUUCGUCGUCUGCCUAAAGAAAACGCCCUGCUGCUGCGCUACCUGCUGGCCAUGCUGCACGGUAUCCAGGGCAACGCCCACGAGAACCAGAUGACGAGUUUCAAUUUAUCAGUGUGCAUCGCUCCCAGCAUGCUUUGGCCUCCUGGAGCGCCAUGCAGCCCCGAGGUGGAGGGAGAAGGAACUAAGAAGGUGAGAGCGUCUGUACUUUUUUUAAGUGAGACUCCUCAUGGACGUAAUUUAGCCUUUUAUUUGUACACGUCUGUUGUUUUAGUUAUGUGAAAGAACCCAAAAGAAAUGCAUUAGAAAGAUAUGAGAUAUGCAUUAAGAAUAAUUGUUAUUGAACAACGAAGCCUUUUUUAAAACUCUUGUUUUUCAAGAAAAUUA